CGCAGGCGCAGUGGCUUCUCCGCGCAGAACUGCAGCUAUGGAACAGGCCGAUCCGAGCUCCCAGAGGUCGCUGCAGCCUGCGCCCCUGGAGCCGCUGGGCGGCCCCGGCGCUGUGGUGGAAGCUUCGGUCAGCGAGGAGACCGCGGGCGCUGGGCGAGAGGGGUCAGGGGUCGACAUGAUGACAGAGAACACAUUUUGGUUGAAGAAGAUAGAAAUCAGUGUUUCUGAAGCCGAAAAGCGAACUGGAAGAAAUGCCGUGAACAUGCAGGAAACGUAUACUGCUUACCUCAUUGAAACAAGGUCAGUUGAACACACUGAUGGUCAGAGCGUCCUCACAGACUCACUGUGGAGACGAUACAGUGAGUUCGAGUUGUUGAGAAACUACCUUUUAGUUUACUAUCCACAUGUUGUUGUGCCACCUCUUCCAGAAAAACGGGCAGAAUUCGUGUGGCAUAAACUCUCUGCCGACAACAUGGAUCCAGAUUUUGUGGAGAGAAGAAGGAUCGGUUUAGAAAACUUUCUGCUGAGGGUCGCUUCACAUCCCAUCCUCUGUAGAGACAAAAUCUUCUAUUUGUUUUUAACACAGGAAGGUAACUGGAAGGAGACUGUGAAUGAGACUGGGUUUCAGCUCAAGGCAGACUCCAGGUUAAAAGCGCUUAAUGCAACAUUCAGAGUGAAAAACCCAGACAAGAGGUUUACUGAACUUAAACACUACAGUGAUGAAUUACAGUCUGUCAUCUCACAUCUCCUUCGAGUCAGAGCUAGAGUAGCAGAUCGACUCUAUGGUGUGUAUAAAGUACAUGGAAAUUAUGGACGAGUUUUCAGUGAAUGGAGUGCCAUAGAAAAAGAAAUGGGCGACGGGCUGCAGAGUGCUGGUCAUCACAUGGACGUGUAUGCAUCUUCUAUUGAUGAUAUUUUGGAAGAUGAGGAGCAUUACGCAGAUCAAUUAAAGGAGUAUCUAUUUUAUGCAGAAGCAUUGCGGGCUGUGUGCAGGAAGCAUGAACUUAUGCAGUAUGACUUGGAGACCGCUGCUCAGGACCUGGCUUCCAAGAAGCAGCAGUGUGAGGAGCUAGCAACCGGGACUGUGAGGACAUUCUCACUGAAGGGAAUGACUACCAAACUCUUCGGACAAGAAACUGCUGAGCAAAGAGAAGCCAGAAUUAAGGUGCUAGAAGAACAGAUAAAUGAGGGGGAACAGCAGCUGAAGUCUAAAAAUCUGGAAGGCAGAGAAUUUGUGAAAAAUGCAUGGGCUGAUAUUGAACGCUUCAAAGAACAAAAGAACCAAGACUUAAAGGAAGCCCUCAUAAGCUAUGCCAUCAUGCAGAUCAGUAUGUGUAAAAAGGGAAUUCAAGUUUGGACCAAUGCUAAGGAAUGCUUUAGCAAGAUGUAAUCCUGUGAAGUGAUUUUCUCUUCAAUCAAUGUGCCCCAAAACAGAAGCACAAGUAAAAAGAAAUUUGAGUUGCUACCUAAUUCACAGAAAACAUACAGUAAAUUGAAUAAAUCAUCUUUCUUUAACUUAAUGAUAGUUGUGUUCAUAUAGCACAAGAGGAUAUAUUUUAAUGAAAAAAAUUGUAAUUUGAGGUUUUGGGGACUGGUGCUGAUUCCAAAAAGUUAAUUUAAUAAUAUACACCAAGAUGGAUUGUCAGGCUUCUGAACCAAUGAGUGAGUGUCAAGAUGCUAAUUUCCACAUGCUGCUUUCAAUGCCAACUUUUUCACAUCUUUUUGUGUACAGGUUUUUCCUAAGAUUAAAUGCCUGUGUUUACCUGGUAAGACCCACUAAUCUCUUCUAGGGUGUUAGUUUAUCUUGCCUUAUAGUUGAGCUAUUUGAUUAGAUAAAAUCAAAGCUCAAACAGAAAUUAUUGUGAAAUCUAGGAUUUUCUUCCACAUUCAUUGAUGCCCCUGAACCACCUCCACACACUAGAAAAUGCCUUCAGUUAGUGUUUUACCAGAACUUUGAUGCUGGUCAGAAAUUUUAUACUGCCAACAAAGAAGUCUCAACUUCUCAGACCCAGUGGAAUUCAUUAUUACAAUCUAGCAAUUGCCAUAUAGAAAGUUUUCAUUGAGUAUUAUUAUCCUCAAAUGUUAACCUCAGUAGGAGCCUCAUCUCCCUCUACUUGGCUCCCUGCACAUGGCAUUUCAGGGUACAGAUGUAGCAGUCCUAUUGUGAGACGCUCAUAGUGAUCAUCACGUGCUGGGACCUUCAUUGUCAAUGUCAUUUUCUAUGCCUGGCUGUGAUUUUUGUAAAGAUAAAAGAUACCGGGUUUUUUUUGUUGUUUUUUUUGUUUGUUUGUUUGUUUGUUUGUUUAAGUGUGUUUUUUGUGCUGUAUUCAGAAGCCAAGGACUCUCAUUUUGCUAGCUUGCAGAAUCUUAAAUGUGUACCCAUUAUUUCUAAUGAUGUUUAAAAAGUCUUCAGUACCAUGUAACAUUUGACUUUUUUACAUGUUUAAAAUGUUGCCAGAUUUUUGUGCUGUUUGCCAAACUUAUACAAUAAAUAAAGUAUUGUGUCAA